AUGUCUUUGCAGAUCGAACUGACCUUCCGCCUGUUGCUUGUUUGGUCUUGGAUGAAAUUCUUUCCAUUAGAGAAGAACCUCAGUAUCCCUGCGGACCCGUGCUUGAUCUCGUUCAGCAAAGCCACCGCCUUGAAAUUACUCGACUCCUUGGAGGCAAUCGUUGUGUGCAUGCUCGCUGAUCUUGGCGUUGCUCUGGCUUCCAGCAUUGUCGACUGUCUCCGUGACGGCGGCGACGAACCCGUCGGUCCUAACGGCCGAAGAACGAAAAUUGUGGGUCUUUCGUUUAGCACUAGACUCGUCCUUUACUCUUAUUUCUUUCUUUCUUUUUCCUUCUUUUAUUUCUUUCUUUCUUUCCGUUAUUUCUUUUUCUCUUUUCUUUCUUUAUCUUAUUUCUUUCUUUUUUCUUUCUUUCUCUUCUUUCUUUAUUUAGUACUCUUAUUUCUUUCUUUCUUUUUCCUUCUUUUAUUUCUUUCUUUCUUUCUCUUCUUUCUUUAUUUAGUACUCUUAUUUCUUUCUUUCUUUUUCCUUCUUUUAUUUAUUUCUUUCUUUCUGUUAUUUCUUUUUCUCUUUUCUUUCUUUAUCUUAUUUCUUUCUUUUUUCUUUCUUUCUCUUCUUUCUUUAUUUAGUACUCUUAUUUCUUUCUUUCUUUUUCCUUCUUUUAUUUCUUUCUUUCUUUCCUACUCUUAUUUCUUUCUUUCUUUUUCCUUCUUUUAUUUCUUUCUUUCUUUCUGUUAUUUCUUUUUCUCUUUUCUUUCUUUAUCUUAUUUCUUUCUUUAUUCUUUCUUUCUCUUCUUUCUUUAUUUAGUACUCUUAUUUCUUUCUUUCUCUUAUUUCCUUUUUUCUUUCUUUUCCUUUUUAUCUAAUUUCUUUCUUUCUUUCUCUUAUUUCUUUCAUUCAUUUUCUUUCUCUUAUUUCUUUCUUUCUUUUUUCUCUUCUUUAAUUAUUUCUCUAAUUUCUUUAUUUCCUAUCUUUCUUUCUUUUUUCCUUUUUUCUCUUUAUUUCUUUCUCUUAUUUCUUUUAUUUCUUUUUCUUUCUCCAUUUUCUUUCUUCUUUCUUUCCUUCUUUUUCUUUCUUCAUCUUCUUUCUCUCUUCUUUUUUUCUUCUUUUCUCUCUUUUCUUCUUUUUUCUCUUAUUUAUCUUCUUCCUGAUUCUUUCCUUUUGAUUUGA